AUGGUCCUACUGCAUAUUCUCCUGAUCGGACUGCUUUCAGGAACCGAGAGCAAGAAAUCUCAGAAGAAACCACUUGGCGACGGUCUCAUUGCGUUCACACCGAUCUCACUGAAUAGAGCUCGAUUUCUUAGUUAUCAACAUAGCCCAUUGAGGCGCUUACCAGCCAGAGGGGAAUCGAGGAAGCCAAUUGGUCCAGACAAUAUGUUCCACUUGCUGCAGCUUUUUUAUAGCAGCGCCUCUACUCAUUUGCGGAGAGGGUGUUAUGGGGGAGUUGUCAUGAAAUAUCCAUUCAACGGAAGGAUUUUUGCUAGUCAUCGUGAAAAAGACCCGGAAUGUUUGCAGUACGUCACAGUGGUGAGUUCACCUUACUACUCAGAGAACGCUUCCGAAGUUCUUAACGUCUCUACACGGUCAAUGUGGAGUGUGGAGUAA